AUGAUUGCAACACUAAAAGGAGACAAAUGGGUUGUCACGGUUGUUGACCUGGAGCACAACCACACCCUUAGCCCUCCAGACGAGAGCAAGUAUCUCAGAUCGCACAAGAAGAUGACAGAGGAAGAGAAGUUGUUUAUCAGGACAUUUAACUCUGUACAGAUGCCCACUAGGAAGAUUAUGGCCAUUCUUUCUUACCUGCGAGGGGGUGAUGCACCAUACACUAAGAAAUAUGUUAGCAAUGUGAGGACGGCAAUAAACAGAGAGAAUGGCAAGGGAGAUAUGCUGCAGGUCCUUGAGUACUUUAGGAACAAACAAAAGGAAGAUCCAAAUUUCUACUAUGCAUUCAAAGUUGCUGACGAGGACAUCAACAAGGUGUUGUGCAUAUUCUGGGCGGAUGGCUACUCAAGAAAAAUGUAUGAGCUGUAUGGUGAUUGUUUGAGUUUCGACAUGACAUACAAGACAAAUUGUUACAAUAUGUCGUUUGCACCGUUUGUUGGCAUCACUGGACACGGGCUCAACUGCUUGUUUCCUUGUGCUAUAGUGCACAACGAGACGGUGGACACAUUUGAAUGGCUUUUCGACACAUUUCUGGACUGCAUGCGUCGAAAAGCUCCUCUCACGGUCAUUACUGACCAAGAUGUGGCGAUGAAGACCGUGGUUCCUGCUGUUUUCAAGGGUGUUGUUCAUAGGUGUUAUCUCUUCCACAUAAUGAAAAAGGUUCGGGAAAGAUGUGUGAGAACCUUUUCAACACAACCAGACUUGUAUUACAGGAAGUUGUUUUUCCCAGUCUAUUUCAAGAAAAGCGUCUUCCCUUUCAUCCACUCGAUUGCCCGGAGUGAAGGGACAAAUGCCAUAUUUAAGGACAAUGUAGGCUCAACAUUCAGUGUGAUUACCUUUUUGCGUGAGUAUGAGCGGAUAUUGAAAGCGAUGCAGGAGAAUGAGAAGGAACAAGACUCUAUUACCAGAACAACAAAGCCAACCUACUGGCUGGGCACUGAACUGGAAUUGCAGGCUGCAGAGAAGUACGAGGUGUACAAGACAUGGAUGCUCACUGAGAAAGAUUUUAGAAUCCAGAGAUAUGUUGUCAUUGUUGAUAUGCACAGAGAGGAUUUUGCUUGCAUUUGUGGAAAGUUUGAAAAAGAUGGCGUUGUGUGCAGCCACAUACUUAGGGUAUUAACACACCUCAACUUGCUGGUGCUACCUGAGAAGUACUACAUUGGCAGAUGGAGAGCCAAGCAAAGAAAAGACAUUAGAAAACUCAAGUACGGCGUCCCUGAGGAGCUAACAGCAGGGGACCAUCACCUUAGAUACAUGUUGCUGUCUAGCAGACUGAAUGAAAUGGCUUUGGAUGCUGCGUCAUCCAAUGAAAAAUAUAUGUAUGUGGUUGGUGAAAGUGUGAGGAUUGAGGCAAAGCUAGAUGAGAUGACUUUGGCAGAGGAACAGCAAAAAAUGCAAGACAAGCAUGUUGAGAGAGCUCCAACCCCUACUAUGGUCACGCCGCACCCUGAUGGGUACGGGGAAAGUCUAAAGGAUCCUGAUGUUAUUGCUUCGAAGGGGCGUCCACAAGAGCGUUACAAGACAUUUUUGGAGAAAAUACAAGCAAAACAAAAAAUUGGUUGCAGUCAUUGCGGUCAGCAUGACCAUGUUUUUGCUUCGUGCACAAACAAACACAUCCCCAGGUCCCAAUUUCACAAGAAGACUACAGUCGGCAAGCAACCAAUAGGUUUGCCUCAAUCCUCGCACUUUAAAAGGACUACUACUUAA